UAAUGUUGAAAGUUCCGAUUUCAUUUAAUUUUAGGGGAACGUACAAGUCAACCCGAUCAUUUCCUUUGAAUGGAUGUAUUCCUAGAAAUUAUUUUUUAGGAGUUGAAAAGCAUUACUACGGGCAUCCUUUGCUUCCGUUUUCCAGAUUCAAUAUAAUCGUCCCGCUACUAAUCAGCGUAGUUCGCACGGAAGCCAGAGGAGAAGAUUCGAUGGACGUCGAGGUCGCAGAUCCGUUUCCGAUAAUGGACCAACCGGCGUUAUCCUUUCCAAAGGAAGAAUGCCCAAUCCCAUUCGAGGGUUCCUCGUCUAACCUAGCCCCAGGAUUUCAGGAACCAGGAGCCAGGAACAAGCGACGCGUGUUUAAGACGCGCCAUGGUAGGACCACCUUUGUCAAGGCGAUUCUCGCCAAUCCCAAGCUAUCCGCGACUCAGGUCUUGGCUCAAAAAUUAGCGAAGGAGGCCCUCAAGUCCCCGAAAAUUCAGGACACUUUUAAGCGACUUACGGAGGUUAAGCCACCACGCAGAAGUGUCCCCGGUGGCCUUCGUUUACCAGCGAAAGGCGUUGGCGUCGCGGUACCAUCUUCUCGUGCCAUUAAUCACGGGACCUCUAGGAACAAAGGACCCAACAGGCGAAAGCGGAAGAGGCCCAAGGACAGGACUAAAAGAGACGAGAACUCUCUUCCGUGGUCCAAGAAAUUCGCGGCUAAGAGGGAAUCCUCCGAGGGGCGAGAAGAGGGCAAAGUCUCGAAUGAAGGAUUUCAGGACUCAUUGUUAGUAUCUGGAAGUGAAAUUCCCGAGGCAAUUCCCUUGCAGGGCUACGGGACCCCAAUGCCAAGUGUCAAUCGGAAGAGAGGCCUCGAGGACAACUUUCGACAACCCAACGACUACCUCCUGGAUUCAAAUCAGGAUUCGGGAUUCGAAUCGACCGAUUCCAAGUCGAUCGUAUCUAAGAGAAAGAAGAAAAACUCCCGUAAAAUCCAGGAACGCGAGAGCAUGUUGGCUCGUCUAAUGAGAACGACGACAAAGGACCCAGCCGGGAAAAGCACAGGCGACCAGGGCGUUGAAUACUCCGAAUAUUAUAGCGAUAAUGAGAUCUUCAACAAUCCUCCAGAUAGGAAAAUCCACUCGAAACUGAUGGAUCCAGCGAGAGGAUCGCGGGUCAGGUUUGUCAGGCAAACCCUGUCGAAUGUGUCCAACUCCAUUUCGUCGUACCAAGACCCUCGGAACAAGUUCAGUCAAGCCGCCUCCUCAUACCCUGAAGAAAGUUUAGACAAGUACAACCGAGAGCUGAAACCAGAAGAAGGAGUUAUAAGAAUACAGCCACAAGUACCGAAUUAUCGUGCAGCGUUACAGGGUGGCUUGCCCAGUCAGAACUCUGUUGGAUAUUCAGAGCUGGGGGACGACAGCGGAUAUGGGUCCAAGUUCAGCUCUCUAGAAAAGAACGACAACCUAGGUCACUUGUACUCAUAUGCAAACAAUCCUCAAGACAGUAUUCAGGAGUCUGGCUCGAUGGACCAGCUUCCGGAUCAAGUACCAUACCUUGGGAACCCAGCAACAGCAGCGCCUUCGGGAUCCCUCGCCAACAUGGAAAGUGGAAAUCCUCAAUCUUUAGUAAGACCAUUGAUGGAUACUGGGGCUCAUAGACACGUUGCAGCAGGACUCCUCCUUCCACAGCAUCAAUUUACGAGAUUGAAUCCUCAGCAGAUGUAUGCAGACCCGUACAGAUUCGCGGACCUAAAGAGUCCAGAACAUUCGUCGUCGAAAUACGGUGAGCUGUCCGGUUCAUGGGUUAGCGCCGAGAACGAGAAGGGUGGUAGUUGGCUGGAGAGUCCAAGCACCAUGGGGAACGCCAAGGUGGCCAAUAUGGAUAACAUCCAGCACCCGUUCGGAAAGAUCCUAGAAUCGCUAAGGUUCACUAUCAAUCCCACCUUAAAUACCACGUUGCGAGCAACUACUACUCAAACGGCUCAGCAACCAAGCUCCGUCUCCCAAAGCCAGCUAGCUACUACUUCUUCGAGUCCUGCGCCGACUCCUGCACCUACUCCCACAGUGGGCACCAAUACUCGAACCGGAAACACACCACCGUCUCCCUCACCAGGACCCGUCAAGCACGUACCGAACUUUGGGGUGCUGGACCUGUCGGAGAAAAGGGCCAAGGACAACUGGACCAAUAGUCGGGGACUAGGUAGUUUACAGGCUCUGGCACCUCAACCCAUUCUGCAAAUGGAGAGACCAGCUGCCGACGAGAAACCAGAUAGCCAGAAGCAGGACGUGGGUGGACAGAGUGUGGCGAAUGGUACCGCGUGUCCGACCACCGAACAAAACCCGAAGAUGAAGGGAGUUGGCGAAGCCUCCUCGGUGCCCCCUGAACCCGGCGAGAUAAAGAAGCAAGAGGAAAAGGGUCGGGUUAAAGUCAACGAGUACCAUUUGCUUCCCAUGACCACGAUUGCGGAAGCUGUUGCUCAGUCACAUCCAACGCCUGCCAAUUUCUCGGCCAUGGUUAACGAAACCAAGGCCGUAGCUAGCGAGAUCUUGAACAAGGUUAUCGAUGAACUGGAGGAGCUGAAGAUUGACCGGACGAAAACGGAGCAGAAGGAAGGCGAGUAUAUUUUGGCAUCAAUUUCCUAAGACAGAAAUGAAAGACAUCCUUCAUGCUAUUCGAUCACUCUCAGCAUGACUAGAAGAGAUACCGGUUAAUAACUUAGAUUUUCGUUAGGUCUGCCUUGUAGACUGACC